AUAAAUUAUGCUGUCUCAAAUGAAGACCAAUACCACUGGAAAACUGGAAGGGAAACGACCGAAAGAAUUAAUGUCAUCUUCCAGUCUUUCCGGUAUGUCACAAUUAUCGAACAGCAGCGAGGAGACCUUGGAGCCUCUUGUACAUAAGCCGCACAAAUUGGAAACGAUGGAAAGCACAACGAAAGACGCAAUUCCGCAACACAACGAAUGGUUAUUAAGUGGACCAAGUGGUAACAAGUCUAUUUUGCGUUUCAAAUGCUCUGCAUUAGCAAGUUCCCCGGAAGAACCACCCGCGAAGAAAUUGCAUAUGACCUACAAAAUUUUUCAAACGGACACUAAACUCAUUAAUCUCUUGCUGCAAUCACACGGUUUAACAGAGGUAAGUAAAGAUAAUCGAAAUGUUUUUGUCAAAAAUGUUUUAUUGCAAUUUGAUACGUAUGUACUAAGUUCGAACUAUAUCGGAUCAUUCAACACAAAUCAAUUUUUCUCUUUUUUCUUUUCGAAAUUUUUAUGUAAUUAUUAAUAUACGAUUCGAAAGUAGUAGUAGUACAACUUA